AUGGGCAACCUCUCCUCUGAGUCCAUAAAGAAGAGUGCGAGUAUGGGAAACCUCUCUGCUCACUAUUGUUCGUCCUCCUCUGCUGCUGCUUCUCCCAAUCCCGGUUCGCCUUCUUCUGAUCACCUCCGUGAUCCCACCCCUGUCGCCGAAGGUUAUGUCUCUGAUGAUCCUGCUCAUGCAUCUUGUUCUUCCAAUUGCCGUGGGGAUAGGAAAAAGGGGUUCCAAACCUCCACAGAGAGAGCCCUGGACAAAAUUCGAUUCAAAUUGCGAACAGGCUCUCAGCGAGACCAAGGUAACUUGUAUGUCAUUGAAGGUGAUAGCUCCUACACCAUACUCCUCGGGAAGCCCUGGAUACACGAAAAUUGUGUCGUUCCCCCUACAUUACAUCAGUCUUUCAAAUAUGUAGAUGAGAACCAACAGGCUGAUGAAGAUAAAGAGCGUGCUGGAGAUGACAGUGGAGAUGACAGCCAUGAAAGCAAUGCGGGAAAUAGAGAUACCCAGAAACCAACAGAAGAUGAGGUCAAAGAAGAAAUAGACCUCGGUGCUGAAAAUGAUCCCCGCCCUGUGUUCAUUAGUGCAAACUUGAAUGAUAGGGAAGCGGAAGAGAUGAAACAACUGUGUUGA